CUUCUUGCGGACAUCCAUCUCUGGCCUCUCCCAACUGAAGCCUGCCUGGACCUCUGAUAAGCUAAGACCCAGGCACUCAAUCCGGUGGGAAAGUUAGCUGAUUGAUGAGGUUCACCAUAAACUCCUGGAGGAAUUGCUGAGAGGAUGGAGGACGACUACCCCCAAAAUCCACAUGUGCCGAUUAGCAGCACCAAAUCCAUUCUGAGGUCAGAGCUCUUAUCUCUGUUGAAAACAUACAACUGUUACCACGAAGGAAGAAGCUUCCAGCUGCGACACCGAGAGGAGGAGGGAGAGCUGGUCAUCGAAGGACUCCUCAACAUCUCCUGGGGGCUCAGGCGGCCCAUCCGGCUGCAGAUGCAGGACGACAACGAGAGGAUUCGCUUGUCGGCGCUGAGCCCCGGGAAGGCCGGCCCGGCCACGCUCAGUCGGAAGGAGCUGGUCCCCGAAGAAGGCAGAGAGACCCCCGAGGAGCCGGGCCCGAAGCGCCAGGACGUCCCCCGGGACCCCAACCCUGACGCAACAGAUUCGGUGAAUGGGGAAGAGGAGCCCCCGCAGUUGAUGAGAACCAAGAGUGAUGCAAGUUGUAUGAUACAGAGAAGAUCAAAAUACCGCCCGGUGGGAGAAGCUCAGAAGAUCAGGAGGCAUCGGUUCUCCAUUAAUGGGCAUUUUUAUAAUCACAAGACGUCCGUGUUCACCCCGGCCUACGGCUCCGUCACCAACGUGAGGGUCAACAGCACCAUGACCACCCCUCAGGUGCUCACCCUGCUGCUCAACAAAUUUCGAGUGGAGAAUGGCCCCGGGGAAUUUGCCCUGUACGCUGUCCACGAAUCAGGUGAACGGACCAAACUGAAGGACUGCGAAUACCCACUGAUUUCCCGGAUCCUGCACGGGCCGUGCGAGAAGAUUGCCAAGAUAUUCCUCAUGGAAACAGACUUGGGAGAAGAAGUUCCCCAUGAUGUCGCUCAGUACAUUAAGUUUGAAAUGCCGGUGCUGGACAGUUUUGUUGAAAAAUUAAAAGAAGAGGAGGAAAGAGAAAUAACCAAACUGACCGAGAAGUUCGGCAACUUGCGUGAAACGAUGAUGCUGCGCCUGAAGCAACUGGGGGGAGCCGAGUAAGUUGGGCAGCGGCCCGCCGAAGCUGUAGCCGUGGUUUCCAGCGGCGGUGAGCUUCCUUCUCCUGAAAGGCGAGCCGUUCCAUCGAUCCCCUCCCGCCGCCAAACCCCGGCCAGAGCUUCGCGCCGAACAAACCUCUGCCUCCAAGGAAACGGAAAGGAACGUAUCUUCUCUCGUUUCCCAAAGCGCCAGUACAUCCAGCCCCUCCUCCUAACUGCAUCUCCUUGGUCUACGGAGGGAUGUCAACAUCGCGGUGCCUGCUGAAGACCAGAUUUCUCACAACCCCUGGCCCUGCCGGGCCCCGAGUUGGCUCCAGGACUCCGAACUCUCUCCUCACGGCAGCGGAAAGUGGUGGCAGUCACAAGGGGAAUCGGCCCUCCUCUCCUCUCCUUAAUCCCAUCGUUCCUUGGAAAACAAGACAUGGCAGGAUGAGAAGACGAAGGAGAAAGGAGCGCCUCCCUUUCUCCAGACUAGAGCCAGGCGUGAGACCUGGCUUAUUAUUGUCAUUAGUAUCGUGGUACUUGUUAAGCACUUACUGUGUGCCGAGCACUGUUCCAAGUGUUGAG